GCUCGGACGAACGCAAGAUGGCUACCAAUUUAUGUGAAUGCAAGGACAUCUAGAAAAGUGAUAUCCGUUUGUGUGAUAUUCCAUUUAUAUUGUGAUAAUAACUUUAUAAAUAUUAUCCUAGUUUUUGUGUUUGUGUAUUCUAUAUGUUUCCGUGCAAUUUGUUAUGAGAUAUCGAUGUUAAAAGGGUCAUUUGUGCAAUAUUGCGUUGGAUGCCAUAGAAAAUGUUCAGUGUUGAAUUGUGAUUAUUUAUGCAGUGAUAGCUCUAUUUGGAUCGCAAUGAGCGCUGUUGUUGGAUGAUACCUGUUUUAUAACUGACGCGGGCAUGGAGAAGGCCAAGGCGUACAUAAAGAGCUCGCUCGGCGCGCCGAAACCGGCGUCGCCGUCGCCGUCGCUGGACAAACCGGCGGCGGCGGCGGCGGCCACGCCGGACGACGCGCGCGUCUGCUUCGUCUGCGGCGGUAGCGGGCUCGGGGACCAGUACACCGUCCGGGUGAAGCCUGACCCACAGGCGAGCACCGAGCCCUACUUUCCGUUCCUGGGCGCGCACGCGCCGCCGGCCGGCUACCGCGCGGAGCCCGACGAUGACGGCGCCGUGCGCUGCUGCUGCGUGUGCUACACCUUCCUGCGCCAGCAGUGGGAGCAGUACGACCGCGAGAACAAGCCGCACAGCCAGCGCUUCUACUGGAUGAAGCGGCUCGACGGGAAGCCUUUCAUCGGCGCCGACAUGUCGUUCCAAGGGGAGUACGCCGCACAGAUGCUCGGCCUAGCGGGCGGGGGUGAGGGCGGGGCGGCGGGGCGCGCGGACGAGCCGGCCGCCUCCCCUCGUCCCGCGUCGAGGCCCUACGCGUCUGAUACCGCCACCGCUCCCGCUACCGCGCCCGCGCCCGCUCCCGCCGGCUCGCCCUUCAGGAAGGACGAGAAGGAGACCAACCACGUGCCCAAGUUUAAUAAUGUGAGUGAGCAGCGGUUUCCCCCCGCGGGCGCGGAGGAAGAGGGCGUAUUAGACCUGCGGGCGCGGGACCCGUCCGUCAUCUCCGUUGGCUCGCAGCACUCCGGCGCGUCCGAGCCGGCGGGCUACCUGGACGCCGUCAGAUCAACGGUCUCGGUAUACAGUGGCAACUCCAACUCGAGCUCAGACCGGGACAUCCUGGACUUGUCUAUGCCCGACAAGAACUCUAUGACGGAGGUGUGCUACGUGUGCGGUGAUGAAUACAAGCGCGGGACUCUGUAUAACUUAAAUACCAAGGAGCCGAAGGAUAAGGCGAACAAACAGGCGUACUUCCCGAUCUUCGGCGAGCAGCACCCGCGGCCGCCGCGCUCGCGGCCCAAGGACGCGCAGGGCACGGUGCGUGCCUGCGCCGCCUGCCACCACCACCUGCUACAGCAGUGGAACACCUACCAGAUGCGAGGAGUGCCAGCGAACGAGCGAAUGUACACAUUACGGACGCGGCCCCCCUCGCUCCUCCCACCCUCCCCUCUUUCCCUCGCGUCGUCCGGCGACAAGUCGUCCCUCGCCGCGGCCACGCACUCCCCCUCCCUGGAAAGGCCCGCCUCCCAACCCCCCGCGCCCCCCUCUACCGCGUCCUUCGUCUGCUACGUCUGCGGAGUCUCCGCCCCCUCGAGCCAGUUGCGACUGGUGUACUGCUGUCCCAACCCUGAGAGGGAACCCUACUACCCCUUCAUUACAACGCUGAAACCGCACUCGGAUGCCAGCCCUAUUAGUCCACAAGGCAUGGUGCAGAUCUGCGCGGCGUGCUACAAGAGCAUCCCGCACAAGUACCCGGCGUACGGAGAGAACGGCGAGCCCAACGCGGCGCACGCCAACUCGCACGCCAACAACAUUAGGUUUAAGCCGUACGAUAUUAAGUCGAGUAGUUCAAGUCAAUCCAACAAGCGGACCUCAAAUGCGCUCUCCAGCAGUCCACAGAGCCAGGCUGUGUCGGAAAAUGGCAUGGGACUGUUCAGGUGCUACGUGUGCGCGGGGCUGUUCCACCAGCAGUCGAUGGAGUGGCUGUCCACCACCGCCGAGUACAUGAACUCGCACGCGAUGCACUUCCCUUGCCUCGCGGCCGCCGGCGCCGGCGCCGGACCACCGGCCCGCGGCGGCCGCGUGCUCGCCUGCUCGCGCUGCGUGCGACACCUGGCGCGCCAGUGGGAGCUCAUGGACGCCGAGCGCGUGCCGCUCGAGCACCGCAGAUAUAAUAUCCCCUCGCCGUUACCUUCGAAUUCGUCGAUGAACGGCGACCGAGUCAUACCCACCCCACCCUCCACCACCUCAGAAAGAACUGUUGCUAGUAAUAGUGCGUGCACGUCAAUAUACUGCUUCCUGUGCGGACUGCACUCGGACUUCACGUUGGCGCGCAUCCUGUACGGCCAGCCGCAGGGCAACGCGCCCUACUUCCCCUGCCUCCUUACUCACCAGAGCCAUCCAAACGCGGAACAGUUACGGGAAAACGGUUCCGCACUAGUCUGUACAUUCUGUUACCACUCGUUACUAAGUCAGUGGCGAAGGUACGAGUCAUUAGGCGGCUACCCACCCGAGAGGCGAGCGUACAACACGCACGACUAUCACUGCCAUCUGUGUGGAAUCAAGACCUACAGAAAGCGAGUGCGAGCGCUACCUAUCAAGGAAUUCCCAUUUUUAGUGCAAAGGCGGACUGAAAAUUCGUUAUUAUUAGAAAAUGGCGACUACGCCGUAGUAUGUUUAGACUGUUAUGAAAGUUUAAGAACGCAAGCGCAAGACUACGAGCGGCGCGGCGUGCCGGUGGAGAAGCGCGAGUACAACUGGCUGCAGCAGCCGCCGCCGCCCGAGGACUCCGCCGACGUCACCAUCGCGCGCCUGCCGUCCGGCGACCGCUCCGACAAGCUGGUAACCAUGCAGCUGUUCAAUAUCUUACAUACAGCAGUACAACUGGCUGCAGCAGCCGCCGCCGCCCGAGGACUCCGCCGACGUCACCAUCGCGCGCCUGCCGUCCGGCGACCGCUCCGACAAGCUGGUAACCAUGCAGCUGUUCAAUAUCUUACAUACAGCAGUACAACUGGCUGCAGCAGCCGCCGCCGCCCGAGGACUCCGCCGACGUCACCAUCGCGCGCCUGCCGUCCGGCGACCGCUCCGACAAGCUGGUAACCAUGCAGCUGUUCAAUAUCUUACAUACAGCAGUACAACUGGCUGCAGCAGCCGCCGCCGCCCGAGGACUCCGCCGACGUCACCAUCGCGCGCCUGCCGUCCGGCGACCGCUCCGACAAGCUGGUAACCAUGCAGCUGUUCAAUAUCUUACAUACAGCAGUACAACUGGCUGCAGCAGCCGCCGCCGCCCGAGGACUCCGCCGACGUCACCAUCGCGCGCCUGCCGUCCGGCGACCGCUCCGACAAGCUGGUAACCAUGCAGCUGUUCAAUAUCUUACAUACAGCAGUACAACUGGCUGCAGCAGCCGCCGCCGCCCGAGGACUCCGCCGACGUCACCAUCGCGCGCCUGCCGUCCGGCGACCGCUCCGACAAGCUGGUAACCAUGCAGCUGUUCAAUAUCUUACAUACAGCAGUACAACUGGCUGCAGCAGCCGCCGCCGCCCGAGGACUCCGCCGACGUCACCAUCGCGCGCCUGCCGUCCGGCGACCGCUCCGACAAGCUGGUAACCAUGCAGCUGUUCAAUAUCUUACAUACAGCAGUACAACUGGCUGCAGCAGCCGCCGCCGCCCGAGGACUCCGCCGACGUCACCAUCGCGCGCCUGCCGUCCGGCGACCGCUCCGACAAGCUGGUAACCAUGCAGCUGUUCAAUAUCUUACAUACAGCAGUACAACUGGCUGCAGCAGCCGCCGCCGCCCGAGGACUCCGCCGACGUCACCAUCGCGCGCCUGCCGUCCGGCGACCGCUCCGACAAGCUGGUAACCAUGC